CACCCUACCUCGGCUACAGUCCGGAUCUGCUUGUUUUUCUUUACAUUUGUCUCUGAAUUGGCCCACAACAAUUUUGUCAAAUGCACACCCCUCUUCCUUCUACAAUGAGCCAUACGAAUCUUUUGAAACCCCUGUGGUGAAGAAGCAUCUAUUUGUGUAUUUAAAAUGAUUCGUCUCUACUUUUCAUACUCUUUAGGUUUUUGCACCAAGGUUGGUGAUAUUUGUGGUCAGGGAUACUUGCUGGCAUGUUGAUUCAUGGAUUGAUUGAUUCAACUGUAUCUGUGGAGCCUGUGGUUCACAAGGUACAUAUUGGGGUCAGCGGGUAGGAGUCAGAGAUGAAACCCACGGACAAGGACAGCAUGGUUCUUAAAGGGAAAGACCCAUCCAUGCCAGCAACACAAUGUAGGGUGUGGUUAGGGAGAUGAGCCUGGGAGAGCCUCGAGAAAUAGAUUCAACUCCACGCAAGGCUCUCCUACGCUUCCUCUUGGGAUAAUACAGAAUAAUGACUUUGAUCAACUCCAUCCUGACACGCCGCAGGAAAACGAGUGAAUUUUCGUCAUUUUUGCUUUGCAGGUUUCUCUCUGGGCAUGUGGGGAAGGCCCCAUGGAACCACAGAACCUCACAUGGGUGUCCGAGUUUGUCCUCUUAGGGCUCUCCCAGACCCAGGAGCUCCAGAAAUUCCUGUUCCUGGUGUUCCUCCUUGUCUAUGUCAUCACUGUCGUGGGAAACCUCCUUAUCAUGAUCACGGUGACUUUUGACUUCCGGCUUCACAUGCCCAUGUAUUUUCUGCUUCGGAAUCUGGCUGUCAUAGACCUCUGCUAUUCCACAGUCACUUCUCCGAGGAUGCUGGUGGACUUCUUCCGUGAGACGAAGACCAUCUCCUACCAGGGCUGCAUGGCCCAGAUCUUCUUCUUCCAUCUCCUGGGAGGUGGGACCGUCUUCUUCCUCUCCGUGAUGGCCUAUGACCGCUACAUUGCCAUCUCCCAGCCCCUCCGCUACGCCACCAUCAUGAAUACUCGGCUGUGUGUGGGGCUGGUGGUAGCUGCUUGGGUAGGGGGCUUUGUCCACUCCAUUGUCCAGCUGGCUCUGAUGCUUCCGUUGCCUUUCUGUGGCCCCAAUGUCCUGGAUAACUUCUACUGUGACGUCCCACAAGUGCUGAGACUCGCCUGCACAGACACAUCCCUCCUAGAGUUCCUCAUGAUCUCCAACAGUGGGCUGCUGGUCCUGGUCUGGUUCCUCCUCCUCCUGGCCUCGUACACGGUCAUCCUGGUGAUGCUGAGGUCCCACUCGGGACAGGCCCGAAGGAAGGCAGCGUCCACCUGCACCACCCACAUCAUCGUGGUGUCCAUGAUCUUCAUUCCCUGCAUCUACAUCUACUCCCGGCCCUUCACGUCCUUCCCCAUGGACAAGGCUGUGUCCAUCAGCUACACCGUCAUGACCCCCAUGCUCAACCCCAUGAUCUACACCCUGAGGAACCAGGAGAUGCAGGCGGCCAUGAAGAGGUUAGGCAGACACCUAGUGAUGUGCAACAGGGAGUGAACUUUAAAAAGGUCGACUUGAAAUGGCAAACUUCCCUCUGAACGUUUGUUACCCCAGGUGGAAAAUGGAGGAAAAGUCUUUAUGAGAGUGUGAUGAUUAAGAUUAAAUGAAUAUUUCUACGGACCCACU